AUGUCCUCGGGUGUUGGUGGCCGGCGUGGGAAGCGGGAUAACGUCAUACGGUCCUAUCUCCUCUGCAAUCAUAUUCCUCCAUGCGUUUAUCAGUUCUUUCUGCUGCUGGAGGGAGGCUUUCCCAUCUACGUGGCGUUUAGAUGGCUUCGUGCCAGAGGAGUCAUUGGGUUUCCCUGGUUUGUGGUGCAGCGUGACGUCAUCGUGGUGCGGACGAGGCAGGUCAUGAUGUGGAAUCGGUGCUCCUGGGGUGUUCUACUGUCUCUAGUGCCUCAAAGCCUAAAGCCUGGGAUUGCUAAGGGAAGCGGAGAAGACGAGUACAUCCUACCAAGUCCGAUUCUGGAUUCUGGAUCCUUGAUUCAUCCUGUUCUAGACUGCAUGAAAGAGUUUCAUGGGAAAACUGAGGUCAUUGAUGAUGAUGAGGAUCAGCAGUUAGUGUCUGAAGAACUGAUGUGUUUUGUGGACAUUCCACAGACUCACUUCUUGAAAAGUGACUCUGAAGAUUCUACCCAAGGGACUAAGGAUCCUCAGGAAUCAGGGGGACAUGUUCUGCAAGAGUGCAUUUUAGCAGCAUCAAAGACAACCAAUCAGAGCAUCACUGAAGUGAAAGUUGAGUACCAUGACAUUUGUGGUGGAUACACCUAUGCAAAACCCUAUAAAUGUGACCUGUGUGCCUACACUGUCAAGUGGAAAAAGAACCUGAAGUAUCACAUGGCUGCAAUACAUUCUGGUGAGAGGCCUUUCAAGUGUAAAACUUGUGGGGAAGCAUACAAGUUGAAGCGCUUACUAACGGUGCAUUCACGAGAUCAUUCGGUCCUAUUCCAGUGCAACACGUGA